AUGGACCAAUCGCGAGCGAAAGGCUGUCUGAGGUCUAACUAUGGACUGAAAACUUACACUCCUGAACAAACCAAGGAACAAUGGCGAGAGAGCAUGAGGGUAACAGAUGUUCAGGGAAGUUUCUUUGGAUAUGACUAACAUUUUCUGAUUACGAAACUGUUUCAUUUCGUUUUCAAUUCAGGGAGAAAAACGCCUUUCAGACUCGCAUCUUCUAACGUCGAAAUGCAGUGAGGCACUUUCCAAGGCCUGGAAAACAAAUUUUUCAAGACAUAUAUGUUCAGAUGUUCCAUUAAACUACUUCAACACAAACAAAAAGGUUAGUACCUGAGAUCCUUCCACGCUGUGACUCUACAGAUCAGUCCUGUUGAGAUGGAAAUGUUCUAAUUUAUUAGCCUUCUUAUACCCUAUUCACACCAGCAAAACAUGGUUUGUUAAACUGGUUUUUACUGAAUGAAAAUCAUAAACAGAGAACUGAAAAACUUAAUUUUCCAUAGGAUUCAAGUACCUGCUAACUUGCAUGUAUAAUGUGCCACAUUUAAGUAAAAAAUAUUAGGUUCAGUAGUUUCUACGAAGAAAAAAAAUUAAACAUGUUUAAGCUUUGGUGUGAAUGGGGUAUUUCAUUUCAUUUAUUUCAUUUUAUUUUUAUUUAAACACGCUCAAUUCAUCAGCCUAAAAAAUACAUAUCACAUACGCUAGAAUAUUUAAGACUCAAACUAUAUACUAUAACACUAAAAGCUGUUUUCCGUGAGUGCCGUGCGUUAGACUUAAAGAAUGUCAUUGAUCUUACGUUUAAAUACUCCCAGAGACUCUGUGUUCCUUAUAUCGCAUGGUAGACUGUUCCAUAAUGUGGCGCCAUUGUAGCUAAAGCUUUUUCGGUAAUACUUAGUGCGCGGUAAGGGAACAUUGAGCUUAUUUUCUGAGUCCCUGAGGUCAUAAGCAGAGUCACGCCACGUAAACUUUGAACACAGAUACUCUGGAGCUAGCCCGUGCAGACAUCUAAACAUCAUGGUGGCUUUGUGAAUUUCCUGCUGGCGUGUAAGAUUUUUCCACCUUAAAAACUCGAGUAGCUCAGUUGCAUCAGCAUCAUAGUUAGAGAAUGUCAACACACGGGCUGCUCUAUUCUGCAAUUUCUGCAGUUUGUCUUGUAGCGUUUUCCCACAGUUACCCCAAACAAUGUCACAGUAAUCAAAGUGAGGUUUUACUAAGGCUUGAUAUUAUGGGUAUUAGUCUUGUUAGUCUUUCGGACGCCUUUAACACACUUGAUAGACAAUGAUAUUCUGGGUAUUAGUCUUGUUAGUCUUUCGGACGCCUUUAACACACUUGAUAGACAAUGAAUGAGACGUUUUGAAGAAGUUCCCUUAGAAAACGAUGGUGUUACACUUCACUAGCCUUGAUUUGGGCAUUAUUCAUCAGUCAACCAUCAGAAGCAGUUUAUUUUUUGAGUGUAAAAUAACAUUAUAUCAUUAUUUAAUGAGUCACAUGGGUAAGAACAAAUAAUUGAGUGUUCCUGGUUCAAACCUCUUCAGCCUCGCUUUAGCAAAUCCUUCAAACAAAAGGUAUGAAGUUAAGUACAGAAAGCAACUGACAAAACAACUCUUCACUUGAUUCUGAUAAUGACUUCCGCUAAGGUUGUCGAAGCGCUGGUAACUGUCACCAAUAACGGUCAUUUUUGGGACUCUCUAUGACCUGCACGAUAAGGCUACACGAUUAGACUGAGGAUACCUUACUGCAAGUUGCCCUUGACUGAGACAGGUUGUCGGUAGAUAUUAGUCAGUCAUUCGCUCUAACGAAGGACUUAUAUUCGAAACGUCAUCUUUAGAAACCUUAACGAUGGCAAUUUACAUAUUAAUAGAUUUACUAAGAUGAUAAAACCAAAGUGAUUUGUGUUUAGUUAUGUUGCGUUAAGUUUCCCUCCCAUACCCGUCUCAAAUGCUCUUUCUUCCUUAGCAUGACAGGAUAUCAACUUACGACAGAACAUUUCAUAUAAAGACAGGUUAUUGCAGUAAGCUUCACCGGGACGACAGAGAACAUACUCGAGGACUCAAUGUUAAUUCUGAGGUAAAGAGAUUUUUGACCAAAGUUUUAAACAAUUUUCUCAGAAUACAAAAUUCACCAAUCUCUAUGACAUAAUUUCCCCAAAACGUUCGUCGUAUCCGUCUGGUUAGCUCAGGUUGGAGAGAGAUUGGGAUCGGGGGCUAAAGCCUCAGACUUCACCAACACUCAGGAUCUCCGCUACAGCUAACGGUGGAACUGAAAAGUGCUGCCUUUGCUAUGACGUCUGCAUAUAGUUAGACGUUCUCGUCUUUUCGUCAACGACGAUAAAACCGUAGGCUCCGUCGUCUGUAACUUUUCCGUACUGGUCAUUAGCAGGGGACAUUCAAGAAGCCACACGGUUAGAAUCUCAAUCAAUAGGGAACGUAGCUCCCGGUGUUGUGGUCUGACCUUGUUUCCGAAAUUUGGGACAUCUGCAAAUUUUUCUCAAAAAUUGUAAACAGCACAAUGCGAGGUGAUCAAAGUACCUAGCAAAAUGUUACAAAGCGCUAAGAGUUCUUGGAUAUGGCGCUAUGAAAUUACUUCAUCAUAUGUUUCACAUUUUGCGAUCUUUCAUUGUACGACAUUAUUCUCCUCGGAAUUUUCCCAGCUCAACCGAAGCAUAACUUGCGUCCCAUAUUGCAGAGCAUGCUAGAAAGCAAUUUAGUGUCAGCUUAACUAGUUUUCUAACUGGAUCUUUCCCCAGGAACAAACAAAGUCCGUUCCAGUCCUCAGUUCUUCUCUGUAUGGACACCGCCCUCCUCUCGAGAUUCCUUCUCGGAGACACGUCCGAGUGGCAACUGUUAAACGAGAUUUCUUUCGUGAUAGUGGAACAAACAUUCCUCUUCUUUAA